AUGGAGAACUCAGAGGGUAGAAUCAUUGAUCUUUACAUCCCCCGCAAGUGCUCAGCCACUAACCGCUUGAUCACUGCCAAGGAUCAUUCUUCAGUUCAGAUCAACAUUGCUGAUGUUGAUGCUGAAGGUCGCUCAACUAACUCUUUUGUUACUUACGCUCUUUCCGGCUUUGUUCGUAAGGAAGCUGAGGGUGAUGAUGCUAUCAAUCGUCUCGCUCAACAAGAUGGAUAUUUGCAAAACGUCUUUUCUUACCAACAAUAA